GCGGUGGUACCAUCCCCAGCCACGUGCACCCGCGCGCGACAUGGCAUCGCCAGCGCCGCGUACCAGCUUCGAUCGGCCAAACGCAGACAUGGUAGCAGUCGUCCACCUUGAGCUAAUUGCUUGUCCCCGGCGAUUUCCAGCCAGACGCACAAUCGUACUUAGUUGGGAAGCUACACUCAUAUUAUUGCCCUGAGUUUAGUGUCACUCUGAUUUAGCGACAUGCUGUGGCUUGAAGAAGAAGACAAUCAGAUACAGGGAGGAGCGAUCCAGCGGAGAGAAAUGGUGAGAAGCAACAGGCUGCUGCUCAUAGUGGCGGUCGUCACGGCCGCGCUGGUUCUUGUGCAGUUUGCGCUGAUUAGUGAAGAGUCGACGACGUAUUUCGAGGAGGAAGAAAUACUGCAGUUGGAGGCGGUGAAGAAGACACCUGUAUUCCAACAGAUGACGACGUUGCCAGUGGUGCUGAUGCACGGCAUGGGUGACGCUGCUGGAAAUGGAGGGAUGAUGCGCAUUCAAAAGACAAUCGCAGAGCAUCUUGGAGUUUACGUGGCAAAUGUGCAGCUCGGCGACUCAGUAGCCGAAGAUGUACAGAACAGCUUCUUCGUCACGAUGAACAACCAAACGGACAUGUUCGCUAAGAUUGUGCGAGAGGAUCCACACUUGGCGAAUGGAUUCAAUGCAGCAGGAUUCUCCCAGGGUAACUUGUUGAUCCGCGCAUACAUCGAGCGGUUCAACGACCCUCCUGUCCACAACUUUAUAUCAUUCCAUGGACCGCUUGCUGGUGUGGGCGGACUUCCACGGUGCUCCCCUCUCAACUUUAUUUGCAAGGAAAUCGAUAAGCUUAUUGGUGAAGCAGUUUACACCAAACGUGUUCAAGAGCGUAUCGCACAAGCGAAUUACUAUCGCGAUCCUCUCCGCAUUGACGCCUAUCUGAAACACGCGGAAUUUCUUCCCGACCUUAACAAUGAGAAAAUGUCUAGAAACCAGACAUACAAGAAUAAUUUCAUUAAACUGCAGAACCUUGUGCUCGUUCGAGCCAACAAGGAUACUCAGGUGUUUCCGAAAGAAUCCGAGUGGUUCGGAAUGUACCAAGACGGUGACCCGUACAAGACAAUACUUGGCUUCAACGAGACAAGAUGGUACCAAGAAGACUUGUUCGGGCUAAAGACUCUGGAUAAGGCUGGCAAGGUUCAUUUCUUGUCAACGGAUGGAGACCAUCUACGCUUUUCCAUCGAAUUUCUACUGGGAGUGGUCGACAAGUACUUUGGCCCACAAAUUAUGAGCAGCUAA